AUGAAGGUCACCGCCUUAAUCAUAAACGGGAAAAAACUGGAACCGUCGAAGGCAAAGGUGUGCGGUAUUGUUCGCAAAAUUAUAGGCAUUCUGAAUAAAGCUUGGAAGGGCUAUUUCAUCAUCGAUCCAUCAGGCGACAAAAAGUUACUUUGGAAAUCCAUUGGCCAAAUCAAUGCCGACUGUCUGGAAAUAUACCUGAACCUGGUUGUUGGAGACUCCGAAGUAUUCUCAGAACAAACACACGAUGAGAUGCCAGGAAAUGGAAUAAGCCUAUUAAAGGAUUAUAUCAAUACUAUGUUGUUGGCCGACAACUAUUUAACAAAACUCAACAAAAAGAUGGAAGAAAAGAAUCUGCAGCUUUCACCCGAUGAGCUUCAAAAGUUACUUCCUGAUGUGCAUGAAACAGACCCAACCAGUCUGAUAUUAACUAUUACAGAGAUGCCACAGCUAAACAGUAAUAAUGAAAACGAAAUGAUGACAGUAAAGGCAAAACUACAAGGAUAUGCUUCUAAAUCAGACAAAUCUGUCUUUGACGUAUUGUUUGAAACAAAUGUGAAAAUUCAUCCAGAGAUAAAUAAUAACAAACUGGAGUUACAAUUCCUGUCAUGUGGAGAUCCAGAUAUACACGACUGGGAAAGCAGUAUUGGACAUUCUGGUGAUCUUGAUACUAAGAACCUUGAGAUAUUAAUAAAGAAACUUAACAGUGGAACACUUUUGGGUGCCUUAAAGGGUUUAGGAAUACGUUUAGGAAUACCUUUCUGGAAUCUUGGACCAAUGGUAGAAGUUAAAACGGAGACUAUUGAGAUCAUUCCAGAAGAAACAUAACAUGAAAGACAGAUGACGUUUGGACUUCAAAGCCAAUGAAAAAGCUACAAAUGAAAUUACAGCAUUUAACCCAAUAUUGGCACAUUGCGCCUCUUACUGAGAGUAAUAAAA